AUGUCCCCGAUAAUCCACCUAGUCCGACACGCCGAGGGCGUUCAUAAUCUCGGCCACGCGUAUUGGUCCUUAAUCGACCCGCUCCUGACAGAAACCGGCCGGGGCCAGUGCCUCCGACUGAGGCAAGACUUCCCUAACCAUGACAAUGUCGAGCUCGUGGUUUCUUCCCCUCUAUCUCGUGCCAUCUUGACAGCCGCCGAGGGGUUUAAGCCGGUAUCCCAUAGCCAGCCUGCACGGCAGUUGGUGCUCCUGCCGGACUUGCAGGAGAUCAGCGAUUUCCCCUGUGAUGUGGGGAGCGAAGUCGAGGAACUAAAAGCUAGGGCCCGCAAUUGGGACGUUUCUAUUGAUUGGAGUUUUGUUCAUGAGGGAUGGACCAGUAAGACUGGUCGGUAUAAACCUGUCACCGAGAGCAUUGAAGACCGAGCUCGAGCGGUCCGACAAUGGUUGAAUCAACGGCCGGAGAAGGAAAUCGUGGUCGUCAGUCACGGCGCGUUUUUGCAUUUCCUGACGGAAGACUGGGAAGACAGUUAUACACAUGAAGGAACCGGGUGGUCCAAUGCCGAGUACCGGACGUAUGUGCUUGAGCCGAAGACCAGUGGUGUGGAUGAUGUCUCCUUCGUUGAGACCGGCGAGUCCCGUCGCCGAAGGGGCAAAACGGAUCCCGUGCCGGCUGAAGAGCAGGUCGGUUUGUAUGUUAUGGCUCUGCAGGAAUGGGGACGACAGGGCUAUUUACUGAGUGCUGAGGAUAGAGGCACUGUGUCGAAGGACGGAUGUAUAGAUGAAGUUGUCUAUAUAAAUCAAGAUUGA